UACAGGCAAAUUUGACAAGAAAAUGUAUGCGUUUUUAUUAGUCUUUAACGUUAUAAAAUUCUGAUCGCGUGCACCCUUUGGCGAAUCGAUAACGUUAGCGAUUCCUCAAAUUUUUAAUUUGUAAUACAAUAAUAUCUAAGUAAAAGCAACUGAGUUACGUAGAUAAAUAGACUGUGUUAUCUGUGCCACUUGGUCAUCCCAAGGAUUAUACGCCUGCUAUUAAUGAUUUACUAUCUACACCGCAGAAAAAAGUUUUGUUUACGUAAGUUACGUAACAUAAGUUUUAAUCGUGCAAAUAUGUCAUGGGGAUUGGCUAUAACAACGUGGAUAGUUUGGUGGAAGUUUCACUCUUUCACAUAUCUUUCUCCAAACAUUAAAUUUUUGAGGAGAAGUGUGCGCGUAAGACGAGUUUGAUAAGACCUCGAUCACGUGAUGCAGCACCGUACACAGAGCUGUACUGUACAGAGCAGCUCUCAAUCUAACUGAUCUGAUUUCAGUCAGCUGAGAAACACUGAGGAAAAUGUCUAUCACAGUGGACAAGAUAAAGAGCAAAUUUCAAGAUCAAGGGGAUGAGCUUGUCUUCUUCGUUAACGGCAAAAAGAUCAUUGAGAAAAAUGCAGAUCCUGAAACGACGCUUCUGACAUAUAUCAGGAAAACCUUGGGUCUGAAAGGAACAAAACUAGGAUGUGCAGAAGGAGGUUGUGGUGCCUGUACCGUCAUGGUGUCCAAAUACCAUCCACAUCAAAAACGGAUUAUUCACCAUGCUAUCAAUGCCUGUCUGGCCCCGCUGUGCUCUCUGCAUCACUGUGCGGUAACAACUGUGGAGGGUAUUGGCAGUGUGGCCAGCAAACUCCAUCCUGUACAGGAACGAAUAGCAAAGGCUCACGGGUCACAGUGUGGAUUCUGCACUCCAGGAAUUGUAAUGUCUAUGUAUGCACUUUUGAGAAACAACCCUCAGCCGACCAUGCAUGACAUUCAGGAUGCCUUUCAAGGCAAUUUAUGUCGCUGUACUGGGUACAGGCCUAUUCUGGAAGGGUACAGGACGUUUACGAAGGGUGAAGGAUGUUGUGGGGGGAAAGGAGGAACUAAUGGGUGCUGUAUGACAAAUGGACACAUACAGGAGCUUGCUAAUGGAAAUUCAACACAUCAAGCUGAGAAAUUGUAUGACCCUUUAGAGUUUAUGCCACUAGACCCAACACAAGAGAUUAUUUUCCCCCCUGAACUCAUGAGUCUAAGUAAACAACCAGAGAGAGAGUUAAGGUUUAUUGGUGAACGAGUGCUCUGGAUUCAACCCAGCUCCCUCAAUGAUCUCUUGGAACUAAAAGCCACUUAUUUAAAUGCUAAACUAGUGGUUGGGAACACAGAAGUUGGUAUUGAGAUGAAAUUCAGAAACCUUCUUUAUCCUGUGAUUCUGGCACCAGCUUACAUCCCAGAACUGAACAGCAUUCGACACACUCUGAGUGGCAUUAAGGUUGGAGCAUCUGUGACAUUGACUGUACUAGGAGACAUGUUGCGUGAAGCUGUAAUGAAUCUGCCCUCACAUCAAACUGAGGUCUUUAAGGCAGUACUGGAGCAGCUGCGCUGGUUUGCAGGACAGCAGAUUCGAAAUGUGGCAGCUAUUGGUGGCAAUGUUAUGACAGCGAGUCCCAUUUCAGACCUCAACCCCAUCUUCAUGGCUGCAGGCUGCAAACUUACCGUGAUGUCCAAAGAAGGGGAACGCGUUCUUGAGAUGGACGACAAGUUCUUUCCUGGUUAUAGGAAGACUGUUUUGAGGCCAGAUGAGAUUUUGUUGUCUAUUGAGAUUCCAUUCACAAAAAAGGGCCAGUACUUCUCAGCUUUCAAGCAGUCCCCUCGCAAAGAAGACGACAUCUCUAUCGUCACAUGUGGCAUGAAUGUUUGCUUCCAGGAGCGCUCCGACAUUGUGCAGAAUAUCCGGAUAAGCUACGGAGGAAUGGCUCCUGUUACUGUCCUUGCCACAGCCACCUGCAACAGAUUAAUCAACAGGCAGUGGAAUGAGGAGCUCCUGCAGGACGCCUGCACCUCAUUGGCUGAGGAGAUGAGUCUGUCUCCCUCAGCUCCUGGUGGAAUGGUGACAUACAGGCGCACACUGACCAUCAGCCUGUUCUACAAGUUCUUCCUCAUUGUCCAGCACAAACUGGCUCUUGACAUGCAGAUGGAGGGUAUUGUUAUGGAAGAUAUCAGACCAGAUUAUGCUAGUGUUACUGAGCCCUUCCAGAUAGACUUACCAUCCAGCGUACAGCUCUAUCAGGCAGUUCCACCUGAUCAGAGCGGUGAUGAUGUUGUGGGCCAACCGAUUAUGCACCUCUCUGCUCUUAAGCAGGCCACAGGUGAAGCGGUCUACUGUGAUGACAUCCCUUGCUAUGAAAAUGAGCUUUAUUUGGCAUUGGUCACCAGCACUAAAGCUCACGCUCUUAUAAAAUCCAUCGACACUUCUGAGGCAAUGGACAUUCCUGGUGUGGUGACAUUUAUUUCUGCCAAGGACGUCAAAGGAAGUAACAUGACAGGACCUGCUGUUUAUGAUGAGACUGUUUUUGCUGAUAAUAAGGUCACAUGUGUGGGACAUAUAGUGGGAGCCAUUGUGGCAGACACACAGGCUCAUGCUCAGAGAGCAGCCAAAGCUGUAAAGAUAAACUAUGAAGAACUAAAACCUGUGAUUGUCACGAUUCAGGAUGCUAUUACUCACAAUUCCUUCUAUCAUCCAGUGAGAACUAUUGAGAGAGGAGAUUUAACACAAGGAUUUAAAGACUCAGAUCACAUCCUGCAUGGUGAGAUUCACAUUGGAGGACAGGAGCACUUUUAUUUGGAGACUAACUGUACGAUAGCUGUUCCUCGUGGAGAGGACGGGGAAAUGGAGAUGUUUGUCUCAACACAAUCUGCCACUAAGACCCAGAGCCUCGUGGCAAAAGCUUUGGGAGUCCCAGCCAACCGCGUGGUGUGCCGUGUGAAGAGGAUGGGAGGUGGAUUCGGAGGAAAGGAAUGUCGUAGCACCAUGCUGUCCACAGUGGUGGCUGUCGCUGCACAGAAGGUUAAACGACCAGUGCGCUGCAUGUUGGAUCGUGACGAGGACAUGCUGGUUACAGGCGGUCGGCAUCCAUUCUUCGGACGUUACAAGGUUGGAUACAUGAACAAUGGAAAAGUGAUGGCAGUUGAUAUGACUUUAUAUAGCAAUGCAGGCAAUUCAAUGGACCUUUCCUUGUCAAUCUUGGAGAGAGCACUAUUCCACAUGGAUAACUGCUACAACAUUCCUAAUAUUCGUGGCACAGGCUUCAUGUGUAAAACGAAUUUGCCGUCUAAUUCCGCGUUCAGAGGUUUCGGGGGGCCGCAGGGCAUGAUGAUAGCAGAGAGCUGGAUGAGUGAUGUCGCUCAUAGCUGCGAUCUGCCUGCUGAUGAGGUAAGGAGGCUGAAUUUGUACAAGCAGGGAGACCGUACACACUUUAAUCAGCAAUUGGACCAAUUUACCAUUGACCGCUGCUGGCUGGAAUGUAUGCAGAUCUCAGACUUCAGCAACCGCAAGGCUGCCGUAGAAGAAUACAACAGGCAGCACCGUUGGACUAAGAGAGGCCUGUCCAUCAUUCCAACCAAGUUUGGCAUCAGCUUUACUGCUGUCUUCCUCAACCAGGCAGGAGCUCUGGUUCACGUGUACACAGAUGGUUCUGUUCUGCUAACUCAUGGUGGAACCGAGAUGGGACAAGGUCUCCACACUAAAAUGGUCCAGGUGGCCAGUAAAACACUCGGCAUCCCCUGCACAAAGAUUCACAUCACGGAGACCAGCACUAACACGGUCCCCAACACCAGCCCUACAGCCGCUUCGGCCUCCUCCGAUCUUAACGGCAUGGCUGUUUACAAUGCUUGCCAGACAUUGCUAAAGAGACUUCAGCCAUACAAAGACAAGAAUCCUAAUGGAGUUUGGGAGGAGUGGGUAAAUGCAGCAUACUUUGACAGGGUGAAUUUGUCCGCCAAUGGAUUUUACAAGACUCCAGAUCUUGGCUAUGAUUUUGACACAAAUUCAGGAAGACCGUUUAACUACUUCAGUUACGGCGUGGCGGUUUCAGAGGUGGAGAUAGACUGUCUUACUGGCAGUCAUAAGAACCUUCAUACAUCCAUUGUCAUGGAUGUGGGCAAGAGUUUAAAUCCAGCACUGGACAUUGGACAGAUUGAGGGUGGCUUCAUGCAAGGUUUGGGACUGUUCACUCUGGAGGAACUACGGUACUCUCCCGAAGGUUUCUUGUAUACUCGUGGACCUGGAAUGUACAAGAUUCCUGCUUUUGGAGAUAUCCCCACUGAAUUAAAGGUCUCGCUGCUGAGAGACUCUCCUAAUGAGAAGGCCAUCUUCUCCUCAAAGGCUGUUGGAGAGCCUCCUCUCUUUUUGGCAUCUUCAGUGUUUUAUGCCAUUAAAGAUGCCAUCACAUAUGCCAGGGCUGAAUCUGGCCUCACUGGACCCUUUAGAUUGGACAGCCCAGCCACACCUGAACGGAUUCGAAAUGCCUGUGAGGACAAAUUUACUAAACUGUGUCCUCCUGCUGACCCUGGCACAUUUACUCCAUGGGCUGUGCAGGUAUAAAACACACCAAACCUGAUUUAAAGGAUCUCAGCAUCUAUGAGUUCUCAACUGCUGCAUUUGAACGCACAAGACGUUACAGGAAACCAAAACAUUGUGAUUCAUAAUUAUUGCUGAUGAAAUUGAAUUUAGCUGAUCAUGCAUUUUAAUAUGUCAAGGUGCUGUUAAAGUAUGUAGGAAAAAUGUUUUAAAAUUAUCCUACAUGGUUUUUAAUUAUAGUUUUCAUUUAAUUAAAGUGUAAUAAUUACAUUAAAUUUAUUUUAUAUGAUUUCACUGAUUAUGAUUGUAAUUUAUCCGCCUUCACCUCAAUGCUUGCCAUUCUAGCCUACAUAUAGUAAUUUUUACUCAUGAUCAGUGUACUGCUGAGUUUUUUCAUACUUAACCAUCAUAUUUUAUGUUGUAAUGUCAAAUCUUUCCUAACAGAUGUAAAAAGAUAAGGAAGUAUUAAUUUUAAUUGAAUGACUCAAAGUGCCAAAUGUAUCUAACUUUAUUUUAUAUGAAAAUAAAGUCUGUUUUCUUAUUA